UGCCACAUAAGUCUUUAGGGGUGUAAUAAUUCCAUUUUUUAAAUGUUCAGGGGGUCAUAGGACCCCGCAAAGUAUAAGUAGUUGGGAUUUGGGACAAAGAUUGGGGACUUUUUGGCCAUUUUGCUAAAGUUAUUCGAACAAUUAUGUGAUUUAAAAAGAAUUGAUUUCUUAUUCCCUUUGCUUCCUAGAUUUUUAUACUACUCCCCUAAAUUUUUAGUAUUAUUUUUUUGCUAUAUAUACAUGAGCUCAUUUAUUCACUUAAUUGUGUGCUAAUAACCAAACAAAAGCUAUAUAGCUUUUCAAAUAUCAAUAAACUUUGCUUAAAAAUGAGUACUUGUUUUAAGCAAUGGAAGCCAAUAUUUGCAAUGAUUAUUGUUGAAUUUGGAUUUGCUGUUGUAAAUACACUAUUCAAGAAAAUAUUAAAUGGAGGAAUGGAUCAAUUGGUGGCAUCAACAUAUAGACUAGCUGUUUCUGCUAUUUUCUUGGCCCCCUUAGCUUGGUUCUUGGAAAGAAAUGUGGCAUCAAAAUUAACGGCUCGUAUUAUUUUUUCUCUGUUUAUCAGUGCACUAUUGGGGGGUACACUCACUCAAUAUUUCUUCCUACUUGGGCUUGAAUAUACAUCAACAACAUUUAGCUGUGCUUUUCUCAAUAUGGCACCUAUCGUCACAUUUAUUUUGGCAUUACUAAUUAGGCAAGAAAUUGUAAAUAUCAAUUGCAAGAGUGGAAAGGCAAAGAUAUUAGGCACAUUAGUUUGUCUUGGUGGAGCAUUAAUACUUGCUUUAUACAAAGGAAUGCCAUUGAUAAAUCCAUCAAAAUCAUCAACAAAUGAAAUAAAUCACAACAAAAGGAGUUCGCUUCUUGGUCCAAUCUUCUUAUUUGCAGGUUCCUUUGUGUGGUCUGCAUGGUUCUUAUUACAAGCAAGAAUUAGCAAAGAUUAUCCUUAUCAAUAUUCAAGCACAACAAUAAUGUCAUUUUUUGGAGCAAUUCAAUCAGCAAUAUUGAGUCUUAUUUUUAGCAAAAAUAUAUCAAAAUGGAUAAUCAAAGGAGGUUUAGAUAUCUUUAGUGUCAUAUUUGGUGGUAUGGUGGGAUCAGGUUUUUGCUAUGUUGUAAUGUCAUGGUGUGUAAAGCAAAAAGGUGCAGUUUUCACAUCAGCAUUUACUCCAUUUAAUCAGAUUUUUGCUGCUGUUUUUGACAUCUUCAUACUUCAUGCUCAAAUUCGCCUAGGAAGCAUAUUGGGAUCAAUUUUGGUUAUUAUUGGCAUGUAUAUUCUUCUAUGGGGCAAAAACAAAGAAGAAGAAAUUUACAAGAAUUCUCCAGCAAUAGAGAAGAGUGGUCAAGUUGAGGUAAAUGGCGGUGGAGAACGAACUAAUCCGUGACCAAUAAAUUUUCUAGAUUAAUUUUACAUUUUAAAUUCAUAUCCCACUUAUGGGAAUACACAGAGUUUGUUGUUAUUGUUGUAAUUUAACAGUUUAAAUUUAAAAUUUAGAAGUUUGAAACUA